GUUCGUUUCCCAUUUCCUCCAAUGGCUCUCUUCACCGUUCCUAUUCUCCUAGUCAUUCUUGGAGCCUUAUGGAUCACCUUAUCACAGCUAAAACAACUACGAGCAAGCCACCAGAAACUGCCACCCGGUCCCUGGGGGUUACCAGUUAUUGGUUGCCUCCAUAUGCUGGGAAACCUUCCUCACCGCAACCUCACCCGGUUAGCCAAGAAGUAUGGUCCCAUCAUGUAUAUGCGACUGGGGUGUGUUCCAACUGUCAUAGUCUCAUCGGCCCAAGCCACCAAGCUAUUCCUCAAAACCCAUGAUGUUGUGUUUGCCAGCCGGCCUAAGCUCCAAGCCUUCGAGCACCUGACCUACGGGACUAAGGGCAUUGCCUUUAGCGAGUAUGGUCCUUACUGGCGCAAUGUUAGAAAAUUGUGUACAGUAGAGCUUCUUCAUACUGCAAAAAUCAACUCCUUUGCCUCAGUGAGGAAGGAGGAGGUAGGGAUGUUGGUGCAGUCACUUAAAGAAACGGCAGCAGCUGGAGAGGUGGUGGAUAUCAGUACAAAGGUUGCCCAGGUUGUCGAAGAUAUGACGUACCGGAUGGUUUUUGGGCGCAACAAGGAUGGCAUGAUUGACUUGAAAACCCUUAUCCGAGAGGGCACCAGGUUGGCAGGGACUUUUAAUCUUGGAGAUUAUUUUCCCUUCCUUGGGCCUCUUGACCUUCAGGGGUUAGUUCAACGUUUCAAGGCAAUUAACAAGGCUGCAGAUGAAGUCUUAGAGAAAAUAAUUGAUAGACAUAUACAAGAUGGUGGCAAAGAUCAUAACCAUUCCAAUUUCAUUGACAUCAUGCUAUCCUUGAUGAGUAACUUCAGUAAUCUUCGUAGUGAGUCUUCGUACAUCAUUGAUCGGACAAAUGUGAAAGCAAUUUUAUUGGACAUGCUUGUGGGUGGUAUCGACUCUUCAAGCACUACGAUUGAAUGGGUUUUCUCAGAACUCCUACGACAUCCUAGAGUAAUGAGACAACUUCAACAUGAACUACAAAAUGUAGUUAAAAUGGAUCGCAUGGUAGAUGAAAGUGAUUUGGAAAAUUUAGUAUACUUGAAUAUGGUGGUGAAAGAGGUCCUGAGACUACACCCAAUUGGACCAUUUUUAGUCCCACAUGCGUCCACGGAGGACAUCACAAUUGAAGGACAUUUCAUACCCAAAAGGUCAACAAUUCUUAUAAAUACAUGGGCUAUUGGAAGAGAUCCUAAUAUUUGGUCUGACAAUGUUGAUGAAUUUUUACCGGAGAGGUUUAUUAACAGCAAUAUAGACCUCCAAGGACGUGACUUUGAGCUUAUUCCAUUUGGAUCUGGUCGUCGAGGAUGUCCUGGGAUACAACUAGGUCUGAGAACUGUUCGACUUGUGUUAGCUCAAUUGCUGCAUUGUUUCAACUGGGAGUUACCAAACGAUAUGUCAUCAGAUGAGUUGGAUAUGAGCGAAAAAUUUGGUUUAACAAUGCCAAGGGUCAAUCACUUAUACGCCAUCCCAACUUAUAGAUUAUUAAUUUAAAAUUUAUAUAAUAUUCUGUAUCUUAUAGUACUAUGGGCAUGUAAUCGCACAAUAAAUUAAUAGAAUUACAUUUUCAUCUUA